AGGCCAGAGGCGGGACUUGAGCCUGGAGGGGCUCGGGAUUGCGGAAGUGUUGUGAGGAGGGUCUGGUCGCUCUUGGAACGCAGUGUUAUUUUGGAACAAGUUCCGAAAGAGAGGCUGCUGCUUGGGGUCGCAGAGCCACCAGCCUGCGCACGUUUGGGGCUACACCAGGCGCGACUCGCCGUCGCCGCUGUUGGUCCUCUUCCCUCGUUCCUCUGCAGGGAACCGCCUCGGAUAUCCGCCAUGGCAUCCCCUCCGUCCAACCUCCAGAAAGCGAUAGACCUCGCUAGCAAAGCAGCCCAGGAGGACAAAGCUGGGAACUAUGAGGAAGCCCUUCAACUCUACCAACAUGCUGUGCAGUAUUUUCUCCAUGUAGUUAAAUAUGAAGCACAGGGUGAUAAAGCCAAGCAAAGUAUCAGGGCAAAGUGUACAGAAUAUCUUGAUAGAGCAGAAAAACUAAAGGAGUACCUGAAAAAGAAAGAGAAGAAACCACAGAAGCCGGUGAAAGAGGGGCAGCCGAGUCCACCUGAUGAGAAGGGGAAUGACAGUGAUGGGGAAGGAGAAUCUGAUGAUCCUGAAAAAAAGAAACUACAGAAUCAACUGCAAGGUGCCAUUGUUAUAGAGCGCCCCAAUGUGAAAUGGAGUGAUGUUGCUGGCCUUGAAGGAGCCAAAGAAGCACUGAAAGAGGCUGUGAUACUGCCUAUUAAGUUCCCUCAUCUUUUUACGGGCAAGAGAACACCUUGGAGGGGAAUCCUAUUAUUUGGACCACCUGGAACAGGAAAGUCAUAUUUAGCCAAAGCUGUAGCAACAGAAGCAAACAACUCAACAUUUUUUUCAGUAUCUUCCUCUGACCUGGUUUCUAAGUGGCUAGGUGAAAGUGAAAAGCUAGUUAAGAACUUAUUCCAACUUGCCAGAGAGAAUAAACCUUCCAUUAUCUUCAUUGAUGAAAUUGAUUCUCUCUGUGGUUCAAGAAGUGAAAAUGAAAGUGAAGCUGCACGUAGAAUUAAGACAGAGUUCCUGGUUCAAAUGCAAGGAGUUGGUGUGGACAAUGAUGGAAUUUUGGUUCUGGGAGCUACAAAUAUACCCUGGGUUCUGGAUUCUGCCAUUAGGCGAAGAUUUGAGAAACGAAUUUAUAUUCCUUUGCCUGAGGCCCAGGCCCGAUCCGCAAUGUUUAAACUGCACUUGGGGACCACUCAGAACAGUUUAACAGAAACAGACUUCCGAGAACUUGGGAAGAAAACUGAUGGUUAUUCAGGGGCAGACAUAAGUAUCAUUGUGCGUGAUGCACUUAUGCAGCCUGUUCGAAAAGUACAGUCAGCUACUCAUUUUAAAAAGGUUCAAGGACCUUCACAAGCUGAUCCUAACAACAUAGUAGAUGACCUACUAACGCCGUGUUCUCCAGGUGACCCUGGUGCCAUCGAAAUGACAUGGAUGGAUGUACCUGGGGAUAAACUUUUGGAGCCAGUUGUUUGCAUGUCGGACAUGUUACGGUCACUAUCUAGCACAAAACCCACAGUCAAUGAACACGACUUGUUGAAACUAAAGAAGUUUACAGAAGAUUUUGGCCAAGAAGGCUAAACCAAAGACAACGAGGAAGAUGUUUACCGGUGUGUUCUUUCUUUUGUCGGUGUUUUUGCCUUUCUUGGAUGUCAUUCAGAUUGUUUCCAGUAAAACACUUAUACCACAGGGAAAUAGAGAUCUUACUUCACUGUUCCUUUAAGUUUUAUAUGUACUUUUGCUCCAUUACCAAUUAAAUGUUCCUAUUAACAAAAAUUACAAACUAAUGAGUUGAGGAAAUGCAAGUGAUAUGAAUGGCAAAAAAUAGAAAUUGCCCAGUAAAAAGAGGAUUAAAAUUGGUUGAGGUACAGAUUUUUAAAUUAUUAUGAAUAGUGGUCUUUGUAAAGGGCAUUUAUCUUUUUUUACUAAAAUGAAAUAGGGCUUACUUCAUAUUUUGAAAAAAUUCUUAAGCAUCAUUCUCAUCAAUGUAAAUUUAUUUAC